GUUUUCGCCACCCCCUCACUGGGCCCCCGCGUAGACCUGCCUUGCAGAGUUCAGUCGGCCCAGGGAGCGGAAUGCGCUGGGAUGCUGCCGUGACGGAGCAGCAGCAGCGUUAACAGUGUAGGGGGGAAGAACGACGCGAACACUCAAACAGUAUGGACAGCAAUGACCCGUAUUUACACCUCAACUCCUCGGGGCCCAUGAACACCCCCCACUCACACCACCAUCCCAUGGGCAGCAUGGUGGGUCACCCCUCCGUCAUCAGCAGCUCCAGGCCCAUGCAUGGGGCCUCAAUGUCCGGGCUGGGCUCGCCCAUGAACGGCCUGACCUCCGCCUACUCGGUCAUCACCUCGUCGCUAGGGUCGCCCUCCGCCUCGUUGCCCUCCACGCCCACGAUGAACUUUGGGACGCUCAGCAGCCCGCAGAUGAACUCUAUGAACAGUGUUAGCAGCUCAGAGGACAUCAAGCCUCCCCCGGGCCUCCAGAACCUGGGGAACAUCAACUACCAGUGCCCCAGCCCCGGGGGGAUGUCCAAGCACAUCUGCGCCAUCUGUGGGGAUCGCUCCUCCGGAAAGCACUACGGCGUGUACAGCUGUGAGGGCUGCAAAGGCUUCUUCAAGAGAACCAUCCGGAAGGACCUGACGUACACUUGUCGAGACAGCAAAGAGUGCCUGAUCGACAAGCGGCAGCGCAACCGCUGCCAGUACUGCCGCUACCAGAAGUGCUUGGCCAUGGGCAUGAAGAGAGAAGCGGUGCAGGAAGAGAGGCAGCGAGGGAAGGAGCGGGGGGAGAACGAGGUGGAGCCCACAAGUAGUUUUAACGAGGAGAUGCCCGUGGACAAGAUCCUGGACGCAGAGCUCGCUGUGGAGCCCAAAACAGAGAUGUACACGGACAGCAGCCCGGGCAACUCGACCAACGACCCGGUCACCAACAUCUGCCAGGCAGCAGACAAGCAGCUGUUCACGCUGGUGGAGUGGGCAAAGAGGAUCCCCCACUUCUCUGAGCUGCCCCUAGACGACCAGGUCAUUCUACUACGAGCAGGCUGGAACGAGCUGCUCAUCGCGUCCUUCUCACACCGCUCGGUCACGGUUAAAGACGGCAUCCUAUUGGCCACUGGCCUUCACGUGCACAGAAGCAGCGCGCACAGCGCUGGAGUUGGCUCUAUAUUUGACAGAGUCCUGACGGAGCUGGUAUCUAAAAUGAAGGACAUGCAGAUGGACAAGACAGAGCUGGGCUGCUUGCGAGCCAUUGUUCUCUUCAACCCUGAUGCCAAGGGGCUGUCGAACCCCCCGGAGGUGGAAGGUCUGAGGGAGAAGGUGUACGCGUCGCUAGAGUCGUACACAAAGCAGAAGUACCCCGACCAGCCCGGCAGGUUUGCUAAGCUGCUUCUUCGGUUGCCCGCACUUCGCUCCAUCGGGCUCAAGUGUCUAGAACACCUGUUCUUCUUCAAGCUGAUCGGGGACACGCCCAUCGAUACCUUCCUCAUGGAGAUGCUGGAGGCUCCCCACCAGAUCACAUGACACAAGUCAUGUGACCCCCCGACCCACCCCUCCUUGUCUCUGUAUAUACGUCCAAAAUGUCGGUGAUACGAACAUUCAACAAAAAAAAAAAAACUACAAAAAAUACAUAACUUGAUUCAAGUUGUAAAAUGGCAUAUUUUGUACCAAGCACAAAUGAUUCUUAUAAUUGGAAAUAAAUUGUAUUUUAUGGUUUACAUGGAAGCCGAGACGUAGUAGCGGAGAUUGUAAAGUAUACAGUUAAAAAAUGAAUUCUAAUAGAAUUGUUAACUGAUUUUUUUUAUUUUGUAAAUAGAUAAUUCCAGAUAUUCUUUUUAAAGCAGCCCAAAGCAAUAUGGAAUAAGUCAUAUUUUAUUCUAAAGUAAAUUGUACAAAAACAAUAUACCAUCCAUCCAUUUCUAAAAUACAUUUUAGAAUUCUUACAGAAUAAAAUUAUUUAAACUAAUGUGAAACACGUUG